UUGUUGUUGUUGUUAUUUAAGAUGGAUGCAGAGCAUAGAAAUAGCAUCUUCCACUAUUGCUUCUAGGCUCUGCAGUGUUCUUUCUCUCAUCCAUCAGUCGCUUCAGGUGUUUUGGGCCACAUUCACACACUGUGAUACCACUUUAAACAGGUGUGGCAGAGAGUUUUCAGGAGACUCCUAUUCCCCCUCACAGGGAUAUAACUAGCAGGGUUUCCUGUUAAGGGAUACUGAUUGUUAAACCAUUCUGAGAAUUGGGCCUCUAGGAGGGGAAUGAGGGGAGUCUCCUAGCAACUCUCAGCAUCCUUAAGAAACCACAGCUCCCAGAAUUCUUUGAGGGAAGAGCCAUGACUGCUUGAAGUGGUGUCAUAGCGCUUUAAAUGCAUGGUGUGAAUGGGGCCUUGGAAACACAUUGGGUUGUAGUCAACUAACUUUUGCUCAGAGUAGAGUCAUUGAAAUAUAAGUACCAAGGUUAGCCAGGCCUAUUCAUAGCAAUGGGUCUAAACCCGUAGUUCCCAAUGUGGGGCAAUUUGAUUUUUAAGGGAGGCAAUUCGAGAAUGUUUAGACCAAGUUAAUGGCCUUUUAGGCUUCCUCCACAUGAAUAGAAGUUCACUUUUUGAAUAAGAAGAAUUAUAUGUUGGGGUGUGUGUGUGUGGCAUCAGGAUUUUGGUGGGGCAUAGGCAAAAAAAGGUUGGGAACCACCGGUCAAAACUGAGCAGGACAUCUGCAGUACAUCUCCUAUUUCCCCCCAGGCUUUCCCAUAAUAUUGAAUCCUGUUAUUUUGUGUGUGUGUGUGUGUGUGUGUGCGCGCGCGCAUCCCUAAUAAUAUGCAAUUGGGAGAGAAAGAGAGAAAAAAUCACCCUCACCCCCACAACAGGUCUUCCAUACCUGACCACUGGUUCUCCCUUGUAUAUGAAGUGUUGUGAAGACUCAGUUUCUAGUAGAGAAACUGACAGGUGGAGAAAAGUGCUUUACCCUCCCUCAGUCUGCUAUAUUUCACCCUCCCCUGCUACUCCCCCCCUUCAGGACUUCCAGACUUCCACUUCCAUUGCAAAGCAGACUGAAGGACAGUCAGAAACAGUCUCCCUCUGGAGCCUGUGGAUUCUCCUUCUUGGAGGUUUUUAAGCAGAGGUUGGAUGGACAUCUGUCAUGGACGCUUUAGUCAAUAUUCCUGCAUAGGAGGGGGUUGGACCAGAUGAACCUCAGGCCCCCCUUCUAUAAUUCUAUGAUUCUAUAACCCUUGCCAGAAAAAAAACAACCCAAACCUGUGGGUACAGCCUGCCCACUCCCUUUUUCCUAGACAGGAAAGCUGAAACCAUAAACCUUUGUCCUUCUGGGAGCUCCCUCUUUGUCCACAGGCAGGGAAUCUCUCUCCCUGAUGAGGAUGAGUUUUCCUUGACUUGCUUCCAGAACCUUUUGUCAUUCUUAGCUACGUGAGAGGCCUGGCCUUCUCUACUCCAAAUAUUAUCCAUAUCCGACCAUUAAUUAUUUCUAACGUUCUCUAGUGGUUAUGAGUGCCCGUGCACCCCCCCAAACUCUGUUAACCCCAGAUCUGUAACAAUAUAUAUCAACAACUGCAUAUCCGAAACCUGUUUUGAAUCUGGUAUGGAUCCAAAUAGCAGUUUUAAAAAAUGUGCUACUGUAAAUUGAAAGAGGAAACCCCCCCAGCAGGCAUUGAAGAGGCAAAAGUAGAGGAGCUUGUCUUAUGUGUUACAUUCAGAUGUUGCCGUCUUAAGCCAAUCAGAGACAUGCAUUUUGUCCAUGCCUCAAGGUGGUAUAGCUUUUCUUGUAGGCCUUGCCAGCCUGGUGGUAGGAGCUUGUGAAUUCCCAGAGGCCUAGUUUCUAGAGAGAGACAGGAGGUCCUUUGGUAGUCAAUUACAGGCGUUAAACCUUGCAGUUUUUGAGGCCUCUCAGUUUCUCUGUGCCGGACUUGCCCGUUCUUUCUCUAAGGAACAAUGAAAACAAUCCUUUUCCACUGCCUUACUUGUUGCAUUCUUCUGCUGCCUGUUAAUGAAGCUAGGAAUUUAUCGUGUUCAAAGUGCGACCUUGGAGACGCCACAUGCACGAUGAUUCAUUGCCCGCAUAAAGAGCUAGUGUGUGUUACCCUAUCGACAUUCAACACGUUAGGCAGAGGUGUCAGCCCCACUGGGAUGUACAAAAGCUGCAUCAACCGCAGUGCCUGCAAACCAGGAGCCUUCACGCUGAGCACAUCCACGGAGAGGCAAAUCCGAAGCAACAUAGCCUGUUGCGGAACUGCUGGAUGCAACGAAGAACUGGUUCUAAGUAUGACUCCUGCGAGUUCUACCAAAAACGGGUUGACUUGCCCAGGGUGUGAGAGUUUUAACCGGGGCCCUUGCCAGGCCCACGAGCGCGUCGAAUGCACCGGAAUCGAAGAAAAGUGCAUUUCCCUUGUUGGGCUAUACGCUGGUUUACCGGAACAAAACUUCUCCGUCAAAGGCUGUGCAACUGAUUCAGCUUGUUCCUUGGAUGUCAAUGACCUUGUGCCCUAUGCAGGAAAACUCUACAUUGUGACUGAGUAUGCAGUUUGCACUGAUGGGCAAACUGAGGAUUAUGGCCCUUCUGCAGCCAUCCAGCUAACUGGGUCCCCCUUUGUAAACGUUAUUGCUUUCUUGAGUUUCUCUGUGUUUGCAUCCUCACCUGUGUAACAAUCCUAUGUCCCGAGGUAUUGAGAAUUAUAACGUUACGGUUUUUCUUACUCA